UCGUCAAAAAUCCGCUGAGAGUCCUUCAUCUGGCUCAGAGGAGGGAGUGAGACACAUCACCUCUGAUCAGCUGUGAGUCAGUGAGUUGUUGAUUGCGCUCGGAUUCAUUGCAAACCAAAACGCGAAGAAACGUUUGAAAGGAUUUUGAACUACACUGCAGACAUCUACUCAAGCAAUGCUGUGUUUGGGAGAUUCUGCUGACUGCCUCCGGGACCAAAUGCAGCACGUGAUGCGAUCCCUGCAGGACCUGAAGCAGAUAAACAGGCCGAGGCCACUGAGUGAACCAUGUGUCCGAUCCUUCGCUGUAACGCGGCACUGCAAACAAAGGGCACAGCAAGAGCGACUCACUAGUCUACGUUCUUCUGAUGCCAGUGAAGGCAGCACAUAUGAUUCUGCCUGCUGCCUGGCCAGCCCUAUGGAAGAGGAGGAAGAGCAUGAGCGGUUGACACAAGGUUCUCCAAGCAGUCUGGACUUGGAUUCUGGUUACUCUGAGGCUUCCUGGCACGAUGAAGGUGUGGUGCUGAGGAGAACCAGAAAUGUGCGAGUAUCCUCUUCGGCUUGCCUCCGCACAAACAGAGGACCUUCUGGCCGAAUUCGUCCUAAAUCAACCUCGGACGCUUGCUUGGAGCGCUGGACCUCAUUUGAGGCAGGUGACCCAGAGGACUGGACGACAUCACUGCUGAGCCGCAGCAGGAACAGACAGCCCCUGGUUCUGGGAGACAACAGCUUUGCUGACCUAAUAAAGAACUGGAUGGACCUGCCAGAGAGUCCUGAGCCAGCAGAACUAAAGCCCAGUGCUGGCCGGCGUCUUGCCAAAGACAUUUUAGUCAAUAUGCGGCGCAGAUUCACAGGGAUGUCUAAAAAUGUAGAGGUGAGGCCAAGGCCAACAGACUCCACAAGGGUCAGCAGGGCUGCAGAGGCUCCUAAACGGAUGUCCUGUCCUGUUGGACUCCAGGCUCUUAAACCUUUCUUUCACCAGUCCCACACAGGCCUUCAUCAAUUGGACUCUGACUUCUACCAGUUCACUGCUCUUAUGAAGACAGGCAGCCGACAGCCCAUCAUAUGCAAUGACAUUAUUGGAUAUAUUUAAACGAGGCUGUAACUGCGGACUGGCUCUUUCAAACAAAAGAUAAUAAGAGAUUUGGAUUUUGUCCACAAUGUUGACACAUCUGGAAUAAAAAGCUUUUGUAAUUUAAUGAAAAUGUGUUCUGAGUUUGAUCAGUGCUGAAUGCAAAAAAUCUUAUUAUUGUAGUCAUCUGUCAUUGUGUUUGACGUGCGUUAAGCUUCUUCUUAAUCCCUCAUGAGACAUGUCAUGUUGUAGGAGUGAAAGUGUUUUUCUUUCCUUUGCAAAGCAUCUUUUUUACACAAUAAUACAACAUCUUGGCUUUUAAAGGUCACAAAACCAAAUAGAUUCAGCAGGACCAUAACAUUAGAGACUGGGAGUGGUAUGGUCAUCCCAGUAAAGUAUGUUUGUGAACUAUUAAAAGACGGUAAGGGAACUGAAAUCGAUUAGUGAAGUACACAGUUUUAACAUUGUUCCUCAUGCUCAUCUUUAUUUAAUUCUGUUAAUCACAAACAGCAUCUUUCAAUCACAUGGCCAGGGGGGAGAAGCGUGUAAAUAUGUUAAUUGGGAAUUGAAACACAUUGUGAGGUUGUAGAAAAGAGCAAGACAUGCACAAAAGCUCUCUGAGGAUGAAGGCUUUGUAGAUGAGUCCAGCUUCUCCACUCUGUCCAGCUCUGGGAUUCUUCAUGUAGGGAGAGGUUUGCACUGGAGGUGAGGUGUGCCUGGGAUCGGGAUUUACACAAGACAGCUGUGUCCAGAUGGCAAGAGCACCCCGAACAGUCAAAGCACUGUAUCUACUGUACCAACUGCUUGCUCUGACUGCACCCCUUCAACAUAGUACUCAGUCUGACCUGAAUUAAACCUUGAAACCAGGCCAGCCAUGCCCCAGCAGUGCCAGAUCAUCUAAUCCAUAUGCCUUGGCAAGCAUCACAACCUCUUAGCUCGACCUCUCAAAAGACACAUAACACGUGUACAGAAAAGUUGUCAGUACUUUCUGGUGAAAUUUCUGGCAAUAAUGGUAAGGAAAUUACAAUUUGCAAAGUUUCCUCUUUUGACAUAUGAUUGAGGAAAUAGAUAUAGUGUUUAAACAUUGUGCAGCAUUUUUUGGGACAUGGCACAGGGAGAGUACAAUAGAAUUUGUAGAAUCAUCCAUGUGUGAGUAACAAUAAAACAUGAUCACAGUAUGCGC